CUCGGGCUGCUCUGGCAGUGGAUUUUUGUCGUGCCGGAGUCAUCACUUUGAAGAGGUGGGGCCGAAGGGUAAUCGCGGACUCCUUAGAGGGGCAGCUAUGGGAGCAGUAUCUGUAGGAGAUUCUUUAUGCAUUAUUAGGUAAUCUGCAGAGCAGUAACAUGGGAAAGAAACGAACAAAGGGGAAAACCGUAUUGGCCGAUGAUUCUGAAAUUUUAGAACAUUUGUGCAGACAUAUUCGAAAAGGAUUAGAACAAAGUAAUUUGAAAAAGUCUUUGAUGAAUGUGCAAUGGAACGUUUGCCAAGAAUGCAAGACUGACAACAGAACAAAAGAUAAACCUGAAGGGGAGAAUGAAGAAAUCCCUUCAAUCUGGCUGUGUCUUAAGUGUGGCCAUCAGGGUUGUGGCAGAGAUUCUCCAGAACAGCAUGCUUUCAAGCAUUAUACCACACCAAGAUCAGAACCUCAUUGUUUGGUGCUUAAUUUGUACAACUGGAGUGUGUGGUGUUACUUGUGUGAUGAGGAGGUCCAAUAUAGCAGCUCAAGUCGAUUGGGUCAACUUGUGGAUUAUAUUAGAAAACAAACCAAUGUCAAAACUCCAAGACCAGCAUCAAAAGAUCAAGAGAAAACUGAAAUUGAAAACAAAAAAUUAGAAAAAGACAGCAAAAAUGAACAGGAGAGAGAGAAAAAGGAAAACGUGACUAAAGAAAAUUCUCCAUUGAAUUCUACUAUUCAAGUGACUGUGAAAGGACUCAGUAAUUUGGGGAAUACAUGCUUCUUUAAUGCAGUUAUGCAGAAUUUGUCACAGACUCUAGUACUAAGAGAACUAUUGAAGGAGGUAAAAAUGUCUGGAACGAUAGUGAAAAUUGAACCACCUGAUUUAUCCCUAACAGAACCUCUAGAAAUAAACCUUGAGCCUCCAGGUCCUCUCACUUCAGCCAUGUGCCAAUUUCUUAAUGAGAUGCAUGAAACCCAAAGGGGAAUUGUGACACCUAAAGAGCUAUUUUCUCAGGUCUGUGAAAAAGCAGUGCGAUUUAAAGGUUCUCAGCAGCAAGAUAGUCAGGAACUGCUUCGUUAUCUACUGGAUGGGAUGAGAGCAGAAGAAAUCCAGAGAGUAAGCACUGGUAUUCUUAAAGCAUUUGGCAAUUCCACUGAAAAAUUAGAUGAAGAACUUAAAAAGAAAAUUAAAGAGCAUGAAAAAAAAAAGUCAAUACCAAGCUUUGUGGAUCGAAUAUUUGGUGGAGAACUAACUAGUACAAUCAUGUGUGAAGAAUGCAAAACUGUCUCCUUGGUUCAUGAAUCUUUCCUUGAUUUGUCUCUCCCUGUUUUAGAUGAUCAGAAUGGUAAGAAAAGCAUAAAUGAUAAAAAUAUAAAAAAAACAAAGGAAGAUGAAGAUAAAGACAGUGAGGAAGAGAAAGAUAACAAUAGUUAUAUGAAAGAGAAGAAUAACAUUUCUUCUUAUACAAGUAAGCACUUGCAGAAAAAAGCGAAGAAGCAAGCCAAAAAGCAAGCAAAGAACCAACGAAGGCAACAAAAAAUUCAAGAAAAAAGUAUUCAGUUAAAUAAUAUCUGUACCACUGAGUAUCCUGAAGAACAUCAAUAUGUUAAUAAAACUUUACCACAAGAAGAAAUGGAUGAUGAAUCCAACAGCUUUUCACAAGAGAAAGAAAAAUCUGAAGAGUAUUGCUUAAAUCAAAAAGAUAUAAGAGACAAAGAGAAUACUAUAGAAGCUUUGCCAGAAAAUCCAAAUUGUACAGAAGAGGAAAAUGUAAAAAAUUCAAAUGAUGCAGGUGACACUCUGAGUGUUUCUUUUCCCGUUGAAUGUGCUAGUAAGUUAAAUGGUAUAUAUCUCAAGAAAGAGAGUGAUGAAGAAGAGGACCUUGCCAAUGAUUUUAAAAACCUUAAAUUGGAUGCACUUCUUCAGCCUGAUGAAAUAAAUAUAGAGAUACUGAAUGACACUUAUCCUGCUGGGACAAAGAUCUAUGAAGUAGUAAAUGAAGUUCCAGAAACUGCUUUUUGUACCCUAGCAAACAGGGAAGCUAUGAAUAUUGAUGAAUGUUCAAUCUAUCAUUGUUUAUAUCAGUUUACUAGUAAUGAGAAACUUCAAGGUUCAAACAAACUACUUUGUGAUGUUUGUACACAGAGGCAGCAUAGUGGACCAAAGACAGAUACUAAAGGUGAAAAGAAGCAUGUUUACACAAAUGCCAAAAAGCAAAUGCUGAUUUCUCUGGCUCCUCCCAUUCUAACUCUUCACUUAAAGAGAUUUCAACAGGCUGGUCUUAAUCUUUGCAAAGUUAACAAGCACAUAAAGUUUCCAGAUGUGAUAGAUUUGGCUCCUUUUUGUACCAUGAAGUGCAAGAACGUUGCUGAAGGAAACACAAAAGUGUUGUAUUCUUUAUACGGAGUUGUUGAACACAGUGGUACUAUGAGGAGGGGGCAUUAUACUGCCUAUGUGAAGACAAGAACUUCAAAUAGUCAUCUUUAUAAUCUUGUUCUUGAUGGAACUAGUCCACAAGAAUUUGAAAAUGAAUCGGCGAAGGGGCAGUGGUUUCAUAUCAGUGAUACACAUGUACAAGCUGUGCCUGCAACUAAGGUUCUAAAUUCACAAGCUUACCUCCUGUUUUAUGAGAGAAUUAAUCUGAAAAAUUAAUCUGAAAAAGAAUUCCACCCCACAUUUUGUUUUUUAAUGGAAAAAAGACUUCUAAAUCUUGAAUCAUGUUCACAUAAAUUUGACUGUUCCAGAAAAGAUCAUGUGUCCUGGAAUGCUGCAGGGAAAAUGCUAAACAGAAUCACAAGUGGCAAAUGUCUUGUUUCUGUCUGUGAUUGAGAGGAAAAAUAAAGAUACCAUUUAUUGGUUUAAUAAUUUUAA